GCUAGGGGUUGAGAUAUGCCGAGAUAGCCUAUUGCAGCUUUUCAUAUAGGGCUAGACUGACGAUCAUUACCGUGUGGGGAGAGCUGUAAUCCAUGGGGCUGUUCGACGAUCACUACACGACGUCUCGUGCAUCUAAAUAAAUAACCCCAGAUCUUGGAAUACGAGCUUGAGCCUCAUCUGCUUUGUUACAUUCGCUACAGUUUACGGCAGAAUCGGAGAUUCCAUGACAUCGCAUUAUUCCGGUCAUGUGACGGUCGAAAGACCACCACAAGACAGGCUACGUCAAUACGAGUUUUACAAUGAGGGUCUAAGUGGCUGAGGCCAAUGCCCAACCGAGAUGGAGUCAGCUCACGAUAGGUAAGGAAUACGAAAACUAAUUUGGAGUCAUGAUAUUGAAGCUGGAAGAAUGUGUAUAAAAUGUUAGAGGUUCCCCCUCCAAUAUAGUCUUAACAACACACUAUCAUCAUCAUAAUCAUAAUCAUCUAUCAACAACGAUAAAGCAAAUCAUUCGCUCAUCUAUUCAUCAUUCAAAUACUUAAUCUUAAUACUUAAGAAUCAAAAAUCAUUCAAAAUGAAGUUCGCCAGCGCCACCAUUGCCACCGUCUUCGCUACCGUCGCCCUCGCGGCACCCACUCCGGCUGCUGAGGCUAAGUCCGCUGUCGCCGAUGUUCCUCAAUGGACCGUUGAAGGUCUUAAGCGGGUUUGCGAUGACGCCGACACUAGCUGCACAUGGACAUUCAGCGUCGAUACCCACCUAGCCGACCCAACCCCUUGCAGCUUCACGGUCAAGGGCAGCCCCGCCAGCCAAACCGACUCAGCUAACAAUGUCUGUGGACCCUACACCAUCGGCUCUGGCUGGAGCGACCAAUUUGGCCCCGAAAACGGCUUCACCACCCUUAGCGUCGUCGAUGUUGCUCAGAAGCUCAUCAUCUGGCCUUCUUAUUCCGACGCCACUCUUGCUGGUGGCGCCGUCGCUGCCGACCUUUCUUACCCGCCUACUUCCAUUGCGUAAAUCCCUAUACUAUAAGGAUGUCUAAGGAAUACAAUCAGGGAAGGAUUCACGGACUAGACAAGCUACAGGCGUUUUGAGGAAUUUUGGAGCAAAUAACAAGGUCUUGUAAUUAUUAAUCCGAUAAUAAACGAUGCAUCAAAGAGUUCUUUACCA